UCGCCGCUGCCCAGCUCGCCCCCCCCCGCAACCCCUCCCCCCAGGCCCGGAGCCGCGUCCCCGGUCCCCCGGAAAGCUGGAUUUCCGAGGCUGGAGGCGCCUGGCCGACUGGGUGGGGACCACCAUGGGCAACGCGGCCGGCAGCGCGGAGCAGCCCGCGGGCCCCGCCGCGCCGUCCCCCAAGCAGCCCGCGGCGCCCAAGCAGCCGAUGCCCGCGGCCCGAGAGCUGGAGGAGAGGUUUAACCGGGUUCUGAACUGCAUGAACUUGCCCCCGGACAAAGUGCAGCUGCUGAGCCAGUAUGACAACGAGAAGAAGUGGGAGCUCAUUUGUGACCAGGAGCGGUUUCAAGUCAAGAACCCUCCCACCGCCUAUAUCCAGAAGCUGAAGAGCUACCUGGAUACCGGUGGGGUCAGCCGCAAGGGAGCGACGGACUGGAUGUCUAACCUGGGGUUUAAGAGGCGAGUUCAGGAGUCCACACAGGUGCUGCGGGAGCUGGAGAUCUCCCUGAGAACAAACCACAUUGGGUGGGUGGAGGAGUUCCUCAACGAGGAGAACCGCGGCCUGGAUGUGCUCCUUGAGUACCUGGCCUUUGCCCAGUGCUCCGUCACGUAUGACAUGGAGAGCACAGACAACGGGGUCCCCGGCUCAGAGAAGAGCAAGCCCCUGGAGCAGUCCGUGGAAGAUCUCAGCAAGGGGCCGCCCUCGUCCUUGCCUCCCCAGCCCAAGAGCCGCCACCUGACCAUCAAGCUGACCCCUGCCCACAGCAGGAAGGCCCUGCGGAAUUCUCGCAUCGUUAGCCAGAAGGAUGACGUCCACGUGUGCAUCAUGUGCUUGCGCGCCAUCAUGAACUACCAGUCUGGCUUCAGCCUCGUCAUGACCCACCCAGCCUGUGUCAAUGAGAUUGCUCUGAGCCUCAACAACAAGAACCCCAGAACCAAGGCUCUGGUGCUGGAGCUGCUGGCGGCCGUGUGCCUGGUUCGAGGAGGGCAUGACAUCAUCCUGGCGGCCUUUGACAACUUCAAGGAGGUGUGUGGGGAGCAGCACCGCUUCGAAAAGCUGAUGGAAUAUUUCCAGAAAGAGGACAGCAACAUUGACUUCAUGGUGGCCUGCAUGCAGUUCAUCAACAUUGUGGUCCACUCCGUGGAGAACAUGAACUUCCGUGUCUUCCUGCAAUAUGAGUUCACACACCUGGGCCUGGACUUGUACUUGGAGAGGCUGCGGCUCACCGAGAGUGACAAGCUGCAGGUGCAGAUUCAAGCAUACUUGGACAACGUUUUUGACGUGGGUGCGCUGCUGGAGGAUACUGAGACCAAGAACGCGGUGCUGGAGCACAUGGAGGAGCUGCAGGAGCAGGCAGCCCUGCUGACAGAGAAGCUUCGGGACGCGGAGAACGAAUCCAUGGCCAAGAUCGCCGAGCUGGAAAAGCAGCUAAGCCAGGCUCGAAAGGAGUUGGAGACCCUGCGGGUGAGGCUGGGGGCUGAGACCCCCAUGGGCGCCUCCAGGCGUCCUCCUGAGCCUGAGAAAGUGCCUACCUCCGUCCCGGCGGCGCGGCCCUCGGCGCUCGAGCUGAAGGUGGAGGAGCUGCAGGAGAAGGGGUUAAUCCGUAUCGUGCGGGGGCCAGGGGAUGCUGUCUCCAUCGAGAUCCUUCCGGUCGCUGUGGCAACUCCGAGCGGCAGUGACGCCCCGACUCCCCCCGGAGUGCCCACCGGCUCACCCAGCCCAGAACUCCCACCUGCGGCAGAGCCGGCUCCCGGAGCAGCACCCCCACCGCCGCCUCCACCACCUCCACUUCCCGGCCUCCCCGACCAGCAGGAAGCCCCGCCUUCGGCACCCCCACCGUCCUCACCCCUCCCUGGCAGCUCCGAGCCCCCGCCCCCGCCGCCGCUGCCGGGAGACUUGCCGCCCCCACCCCCGCCCCCACCGCCGCCUCCCGGCACAGAUGGACCCGUGCCUCCGCCGCCUCCAGGGGGUCCCUCUGGAGGGUCCGGCCCUGAGAUGGGCCCAGGAGUGAAGGCCAAGAAACCCAUACAGACCAAGUUCAGAAUGCCACUCUUAAACUGGGUAGCCCUGAAACCCAACCAGAUCACGGGCACUGUCUUCACUGAGCUCAAUGACGAGAAGGUGCUGCAGGAGCUAGACAUGAGUGACUUUGAGGAGCAGUUCAAGACUAAGUCCCAAGGUCCCAGCCUGGACCUCAGUGCUCUCAAGGGUAAGGCAGCCCAGAAGGCCCCCAGCAAGGCCACCCUCAUCGAGGCCAACCGGGCCAAGAACCUGGCGAUCACCUUGCGCAAGGGCAACCUGGGGGCUGACCGCAUCUGCCAGGCCAUUGAGACGUACGACCUACAGGCCCUUGGCCUGGACUUCCUGGAGCUGCUGACCCGCUUCCUGCCCACGGAGUACGAGCGUAGCCUGAUCGCCCGCUUCGAGCAGGAGCAGCGACCCAUGGAGGAGCUGUCGGAGGAGGACCGCUUCAUGCUCCGCUUCAGCCGCAUCCCGCGCCUGCCCGAGCGCAUGGCCACGCUCACCUUCCUGGGCAACUUUGCGGAUACUGUCCAGCUGCUCAUGCCGGAGGCCUACGAGUCCGUGGUGGAGUACUUCGGAGAGAACCCCAAGACCACGUCCCCCUCCAUGUUCUUUUCCCUCUUUAGCCGCUUCAUCAAGGCCUACAAGAAAGCUGAACAGGAGGUGGAACAGUGGAAGAAGGAGGCAGUAACCCAGGAGGCAGGUGCCGACGCCCCCGGCAAAGAAGAAGCCCCAGCACCCAAAUCACCACCCAAGGCCCGGAGGCAGCAGAUGGACCUCAUCUCCGAGCUGAAGCGGAAGCAGCAGAAGGAGCCACUUAUCUAUGAGAGUGACCGCGACGGGGCCAUUGAAGAUAUCAUCACAGUGCUCAAGACGGUGCCCUUCACGGCCCGCACUGGCAAGCGGACGUCCAGGCUCCUCUGUGAGGCCAGCCUGGGAGAAGAGAUCCCUCUCUAG